UCGAUUUUCCCCUCCACUGGCAGACACGCGCUAGAGCUUGGACAUAACAGACGCUACGGCCGCUCAUUGCUGGCUCGCUUCGUUCAGACGCAGGCAUAAAAGAAGAAUAAUUUUGGUUCGGGCAGCCAUCUUGGUCUUGUGAAUUUUGAGUGUGCAGUGCGCCCAAAGUGAAAAAACAAGCGCAUUGAAUUUUAUUGCGGUAUUUUGCUUUAAAAAGUUGAAUAACUCAAAUAAGUACCGGAUAACUUUUGUGUAGAGUGUAUAAAUAACGAUUGUAGAAAUGGGAGAUUAUCAUCAUGAUUCUCUCGGUUCCGCCCAGCUCGAUCUGGGAGGCAAUCCGGGUCUUGUGUUACGGCGUCCAUUUGAUCCAACCGCUCACGAUUUGGAAGCAUCUUUUCGGUUGACACGCUUUGCUGACCUGAAAGGCCGUGGCUGCAAAGUCCCCAAGGAUGUACUGGAAAAGCUGGUUUCAUCACUGCAACAGGACUACACCCAGGAUCCGGAGGCUCAGUACCUUUCUAUGUCUUCGCCCAGAAUUGGAAUUGGUCUUGAUUGUUCGGUUAUUCCACUACGCCACGGAGGGCUUUGCAUGGUACAAACAACUGAUUUCUUUUACCCUAUUGUGGACGACCCAUACAUGAUGGGUAAGAUAGCUUGCGCCAACGUCCUGAGUGACCUGUACGCCAUGGGAGUAACAGAGUGUGACAAUAUGCUAAUGCUGUUGGCCGUUAGUACCAAAAUGACGGAGAAGGAACGCGAUGUUGUUAUCCCUCUUAUUAUGAGAGGUUUCAAAGAUUCUGCAUUGGAAGCUGGAACUUCCGUUACCGGUGGUCAAAGCGUCGUCAAUCCAUGGUGCACAAUUGGUGGAGUAGCCACGACAAUUUGCCAACAGAACGAAUUCAUUGUGCCAGAUAAUGCAGUCGUUGGAGAUGUGCUGGUGCUGACAAAAGCACUCGGAACACAGGUUGCGGUUAAUGCGCAUCAAUGGUUGGAUCAAUCAGAACGUUGGAACCGGAUCAAGCUUGUCGUAUCAGAGGAAGAUGUUCGUAAGGCUUACCACAGAGCAAUGGAUUCAAUGUCACGCCUUAAUCGUAUCGCUGCUCGACUCAUGCACAAGUAUAAUGCUCAUGGUUCUACAGACAUCACAGGAUUUGGAUUGCUUGGUCAUGCACAGACACUAGCGUCACACCAGAAAAACGAAGUUUCGUUUGUAAUUCACAAUUUGCCAGUAAUUGCCAAGAUGGCUGCAGUUGCGAAGGCAUGUGGAAAUAUGUUCCAGCUGUUGCAGGGUCACUCAGCUGAAACUUCUGGUGGAUUGUUAAUCUGUUUACCCCGUGAACAAGCCGCUGCUUAUUGUAAAGAUAUUGAAAAACAGGAAGGGUGUCAAGCAUGGAUUAUUGGUAUUGUUGAGAAAGGCAAUCGCACCGCUCGUAUAAUUGACAAACCACGAGUAAUUGAAGUCCCGGCAAAAGAAUAAGGCUUUGAAUGUCUGAAAAGUCGUUUUAUGCUUGACAUAUGUGUCGAAGAGUAUAUGCUAUAGUAUAGAUCUUUUUGAAGAUUGAAACAUUUCCACGAAUGCUGAGACUUGCUAUAAAUACUAAUUCCAAUCGCAACACAGAAUCAUAGCAAGUAAGAAAUUUUCUCGGAAUUUGACACAACUCGAUCUACUGCUGGAAUAGGAAGGCAAACAGAUGUGUUAUAAAUGCUAGAUAUAAGAAGUUUUAUUGAUUUUCAUUCUUUUAAUUCAGUUACACAGCAAUAGGGUUUAAUGAAUCAUAUUGUGCGAUAAUGGAGAAGACGAGGAAGUACAUAAUAACAUUUUUCGUUCUAUGAAAAAGCUUUCAAUUAGUUUUGCAAAGUACAGUUAAGAUAUCAACACAAAUUUUGUAGUAGAUACGCGGAAGUGAAUAAAAAUUAUAAAUCCAGUUUGUCUCAUUA